ACCUCUAUUCCCUGGAAUAUAUAAACACCACACCGUCUCUGAUAAUCACUAGAGCUUUACAGUCACUUCUUAUCAAAUCGAUCGAAAAACUCGCCGCUGCUACAAAGCUUUAAUUCAUAAAAUCAGUCAUGUCUUUAAGACCCAGCGCAAGAACCGAGGUUCGCCGAAACCGUUACAAAGUAGCCGUCGACGCCGAUGAAGGUCGUCGGCGAAGAGAAGACAACAUGGUGGAGAUCCGAAAGAAUAAGCGAGAAGAGAACUUGCAAAAGAAGCGCCGUGAAGGCCUUCAAGCCCAACAGUUCCCUGCCGCUGUUAAUCUCACUUCUUCUAACAUGGAAAAGAAGUUAGAAAGUUUGCCCGCAAUGGUAGCUGGUGUUUGGUCUGAUGAUAAAAGCUUGCAGCUCGAAGCCACUACUCAGUUUCGAAAACUGCUCUCAAUUGAACGAAGCCCUCCCAUAGAGGAAGUUAUACAAUCUGGAGUUGUUCCUCGUUUCGUUGAGUUUCUUGUCAGAGAGGAUUUUCCUCAACUUCAGUUCGAGGCUGCUUGGGCGCUGACAAACAUUGCCUCGGGGACCUCAGAAAACACAAGGGUGGUUAUUGAUCAUGGUGCAGUUCCAAUAUUUGUAAAGCUUCUUGCUUCUCCCAGUGAUGAUGUUCGGGAGCAGGCUGUGUGGGCAUUGGGCAAUGUUGCUGGUGAUUCUCCAAAAUGUCGUGAUCUUGUUCUCAGCAACGGAGCGCUCCUUCCAUUGUUGGCACAGCUGAAUGAGCAUGCAAAGCUUUCAAUGUUGCGGAACGCUACCUGGACCCUAUCAAACUUUUGUAGGGGCAAGCCACAGCCUCCGUUUGAGCAGGUGAGGCCUGCACUUCCAGCACUUGAACGUCUUGUGCAUUCAACUGACGAUGAAGUCCUAACCGAUGCUUGUUGGGCACUUUCAUAUCUUUCUGAUGGUACAAAUGAUAAAAUCCAAGCUGUGAUUGAGGCAGGAGUCUGUCCCAGACUUGUUGAACUCCUCCUGCACUCAUCUCCUUCAGUGCUUGUCCCUGCCCUUCGUACAGUUGGAAAUAUUGUGACAGGGGAUGAUCUCCAGACUCAGUGCAUAAUUAGCAAUGGUGCACUUCCAUACCUUCUAAACCUAUUGGCUCAUAAUCAUAAAAAGAGCAUCAAGAAAGAAGCAUGCUGGACUAUCUCAAACAUUACAGCUGGUAACAAGGAACAAAUUCAGGCUGUAAUUGAGUCUGAAUUAAUUGUCCCAUUGGUUAAUCUGCUUCAAAAUGCUGAGUUUGAUAUAAAGAAAGAAGCUGCUUGGGCAAUUUCCAAUGCUACUUCUGGCGGUACUCAUGAGCAAAUUAAGUACAUGGUGAGUCAAGGGUGCAUAAAACCAUUGUGUGAUCUUCUUGUAUGUCCCGAUCCAAGGAUUGUCACUGUGUGUCUGGAAGGGUUGGAGAACAUUCUUAAGGUUGGUGAAGCUGAAAAGAAUUUGGGGAACAGUGGAGAUGUUAAUCUAUAUGCACAGUUGAUAGAUGAUGCGGAGGGAUUAGAAAAGAUUGAAAAUCUACAGAGUCAUGACAAUAAUGAGAUCUAUGAGAAGGCAGUGAAGGUUCUUGAGACAUAUUGGUUGGAGGAAGAUGAUGAGACAUUACCUCCAGGUGAUAAUUCCCAGCAAGGUUUUCACUUUGGUGGAAAUGAUCCGUCAGCUCCAGCGGGUGGGUUCAACUUUAGUUGAAGGUGGCAACUACAUUGGUGUUAAAUUCAGUCUGUCUGUCACAACUCCUUGCAUUUCAUUACAGUUUGGUCUAAGGGUCUAUAAUCUGAACUGGCCCUGGACAAGUCAUUCUGCAUUGUACACGGUGUUGCAUCAAUUGUUUCGAAGAGACCAUAUUACGUAGAGAGAAAUACUUGAUGUUGUGCCUUACACACGACGUGCUAUUCAAGGUGCGGAGAGAAAAUCUUAUAGUUGCAUGAGCAUCGGCCUCCUCAGCUAUUAUCACUGAAUUGGGUACACAGUGCUGGUGUUAGGGUAUUAAUUGUAUGCAGGGUUGUACUAGUAGUUUUCACAUGAUUGGUAUUUCUUUUAUAUUCCGAGUGCAUGAUCGCAAACCUCAUUUUCCUGAUGUAUUUCAAGAGAUUUAAAAAGAAAAAUGAAUUAGUAAUAUUUUCUUUUUCA